UCCACGGUCUUGAAGCCAACGGAAGGAGGACAAACACAAUACCCUUCGUUAUUCAAUUCUCAGUACUCGACCAGAAUACAUGUGCUUUUCACCGUUUCGCAAAGGCGUCUCGCAAAAUGGCUUCCAAGCAAAUGUUUCCUCCCGUUGGGUGUAGCGCUUGCAGUGUCCAAGGUGCAAAUUUUCAGUGUUUCACGUGCGGAACAUAUUACUGCGGUGUAUCGUGCCAAAUGAAUCACUGGCCCAUGCACAAAGAUUUCUGUAUUCCUCGAUUGGUUACGGCAACCCCACUGUUGGGAAACUCGGCAUUACUAACACAAUAUCCACCUCCGCCGAUUACGAAGCCCUCGAACGUGGUGUCAAAGCAGGAGGAGACGGUAGCGUCUGCUGGCGAUGUAUCGAACAUUCCCUCGAAUGUGGUGCCGAAACAAGAAAAAAUACCGGAACCGGUGAUGAACGAGGUGGCUACACCGAGAAUAUCAACGGAUGUGCAGCAGCCUCGAAAUGGCAACGUUCCGGUUACAAACGUCGCCAAUGAAGUGGCGAUGACCAAAUCACUAUCGAACAUGCAGAUUCAAAAGGAAAAUAAACCGCCCGCAGCAGGACCCAUCUCCAAUGGCGAAAAACUGAUGUCGAAAUUGAUGAACAAUCAAUUGCUGAAAGCUAACCAAGCAGCCCAACCUGUCGCAAAUGGAGCAAUCCCGAAAGCUACGAAUAACCCGUUCGUUACGCAGAAAGGAGGGUCUCCACCAGUAGAAACUGUUGCACAGGAGGAAAAAUCCGUACCGAAAACGUUGAAAAAUCCCUUGCAAGCGUUGAAAACAAGCCAACCGGCCGGGUCGGCUGCCAUCGAAAAGCCUGUCCUUAAAACCGUUGUACCGCCACGUACUCAACUUUUGCAACACGGUGUUUUCCCCGAGCCAGGACGAAGUGUGAAAAUUUCAUACGUUGCAAACGAUCGGCUGUUCGUUUAUGAUUGUGGUCCCGGGCCCAACGGAGAGCCAAAUAGCUUCCAAUCGUUGAUCGUCCGUUCGCUGCAAUGCGCCAUGACUGUUCAAGAUUUCCUGUCGGCACCACCAACGGUGGAGGAUAUUGUGUUUGCACCAUUUGAGGAUGACUUCUACCGGUCGGUGGUGAAGUCGGUUCAGGACGGUAUUGCCGAAGUGUUCUUCCCCGAUUUUGGCAACUGGCUGAAGGUAGAGUGGAAGAAGCUGAAAGAAAUUCCAGACCCGAAGAUCAAGUAUGCCCAUACCGUGACACAUCCGGUUUGGAUCGAUAAUGUGAAAUCGAUUACGCCGCGCAUGAAAGAAUUUCUCGAGACGAUGGUCGAUCUACACGAGUUUGUGCUGACCACGGUGAUCGACAUACCAAAUACACACAUCAAAAUGGUGGACAUGCGCCAUUCGCUGCAGCAAUACGUACUGAGCGAGAAGCUUUUGGCCAUGCAAGAUCCAGCGGCCUCAUCGAACAUACAGAAAAAAAUGGCUUCCCAGCUGCGGCCGCCGGCGGCCAACCCUGUGCCAAAGCUGGUAGUUACCAAUCCUACCACGUACAAGCCAGUGACCAUAAUGGAACUGGUUGAGACCAACAUUUGCGAAAGCAAGGGCGCCGAAUUGAUGAUCACGCAUGCUUUGCAUGCCUUCAAUGAGAAUAAGAUCUCAGUGAUUACUAAAUCGAACUACACUGCGUUCGAAAAAAUGAUGAAGGAAUGUCAGAUGUAUGGACAGAUCGAUCCAAAUCCAUACAAUCCGCAGGAGCAAGAAAUUUGCCUUGUAAAAGUGAAGGACAUCUGGCAUCGUGCCGCGGCAGUAGAUUUCAAGGACGGCAAAGCGGUACAGUUCUAUUUGCUAGACUUGCCCGCUUUCACAGAUGAGGACAUCGAUGCACCAGUUCGUCGAUAUCCUCCCGGAUUGACACGACAUCUGUUUGCGGUUGAAAGCAUUGUGGAAAAUCCGGAGUUCUUGCUGCAGGCUAUAAACGGAGAUGAGAGCAAUGUGGACAUGUUGCCAGGAAUGGCGAUUAGGGCGGAUGUUCAUCAUACGAAUGAUGAAGAGAUAGGUGAUACUAUCCACCUUAAUGUCGUGGCUUUUGAAAAGUGAAGUUUUAGUAUGCUUUAUGGUGAGCAUAUGUAUUUUUCCUCAUCUAUUUUGAACGAUUCGUCCAUACUUCCAUUUAUUUCGAUUAUUAUUUCAUUUAUCUUUUGACUUAUUAUUUUGACUCGCAAAUUAUUUUGAUAACAAAACGAACACGAAACGUAUGGGUGAUAUUUUGCCAUGAAUUAGAAUUUAUUGAAAAGGUUAGCGAUCCUAAAAUCGACAACAUAUGUAAGAGGUAUAGAAACAAACCGGAGAAUUGCGCUAAAUGGGCUAAACAAGCUCUUGAGAAGUUGUGUUUCAUUUGUGUGAUCUUGACAGUUUUGCAUAAUUCAUAUUUUUAUUGUUAUUGAAUUUACAAUUAUUGCACCUUGAAGCAAUGGAAAUGUUUUCUCCGUUGCUUUAUAUAUUUUCACCACGAGUAUUUUCUUCAACUAAAUUACAUUCUAUCUCACUUCAAGUUCCUGAAUUAGUAAAACCAAAACUUCGGUACCAUUGAUUACGUAUUUACUUAACUGCGCAGCGAAUCUUAAUAGUGCCUUUAGAUGCGUUCGUUUAGAUGCGUGCUUGUUGCGCUGGACUGGUAAUAUUGAAGUACAAAUGUAUGAAUAAUACAAGACAAGUUUGUGAUGUAUUCAUAUUUCGAGUAGAAUUAAAACUGAAAUGUCAUACCUAAACCAGAA